AUGGGGGCCAUUUGGGGUUUAGAUGCCCACGAACACCCUCCGGCCAGGCUGCGGCAGCAGUACAAGGCUUAUCGUGCAUUGAAGGUCCCUGAUAUCGACUCGCACCCCGCGAUCAUUGAUCUGCGGCGAGAUGGACACAGCGACAGCCUUCCUGAUGGCAUAUCGCUAGACAGAUGGCUUGCUCAAGGGCCCCUGGAAGCUGCAUUUGGCCAGUUCAUGGGAGGAUGUGACGUCCGAUGCGUUCCCCAGCCAGCGGUUGAGCCGCUACCUGUCUAUACACAUCGGGACAUCCCUGGCCUCGAGAUUAUCCCUUCGAUUCUUCCGCCGAGGGUCCAGGUUGAGCUGCUGUCAAGGCUACUACAUCGUGAUCUAUCAGACCAGCGGCACCAGACCAACCUCCACCUACACUAUAACGUCACCUACCCAGACGCCUCAUGCUUGCCCGGGACUAGACAGGCUGGUGACAAGCCGUCCUUUUUUGAGGAUUCGCUGAGCCGCUUCAUCUCGCCCAAAGAUAGCUCCGUGCACGCCCCUCUCACCAUUCAGGCGAUACUGAACCGCAAACUCCGGUGGAUGACGCUUGGCGGCCAGUACGACUGGACCAAGAAGUGCUAUCCUGCCAGCCCGCCUCCGCCAUUUCCCUUGGACAUAUCUCAUCUUCUUCAGGGUAUCUUUCCAGCUACUCAGCCUGAGGCGGCAAUCGUCAAUAUUUACUCGCCGGGAGACACGCUACACAUCCACAGGGAUGUCAGUGAAGAGUGUGAUACUGGCUUGAUAAGCAUCAGUUUUGGCUGUGACGGACUCUUCAUGGUCAGCCAUGCAGAUAAUUCGGACUUGGCCGUUAUCAGACUUCGCUCAGGUGAUGCAGUCUACAUGGACGGCGCAUCCAGGGUGUCUUGGCAUGGUGUUCCUAGAAUCCUACCAGAUACCUGUCCAAGCUGGCUGCAGGACUGGCCUGGCGAUGCAAGCAAAAAGGGCGGUGGCAGGUUCCAGCAGUGGAACGGCUGGAUGGCUGCCAAACGAGUCAACUUGAACGUGAGACAGAUGAAGCCGUCGGGACCAAUCGGUUGAACUCGAAUCAUUACGUCACAGGGCGGGCAGCCGCCCACAUGGGACGUGAUUCCUGAUGGCUGGGACAAGCGUGAAGCCCGAGAUCCUUGGUGAAUCGGGGUUAUGAGUCGCCGUGUAUAAGGUAUCAGACCUCUUCUCCCCAUUUUCUGGCCCCUUUUCUGGGAAUAAUACGACGUCGGCUGGCCUCCACAUCCGCCGUAAACUGCAUGUACCUUAAAGGGUAUCUGUUCAGCUGCGCUCAAUAUAGGAGAGCAAGGCAGUGGGGGUUUCCGUGGGGUAUCAAAGGCGCUCUGUACCGUUCGUAUACAUCUAGCAUCCGAAUCUGGCCAACAAGUCCCAACCAAGCACCGUUUUAAUCUCCAGCCCUAGGCGGUGCAACACGGCAAGACGCACAGCGCGAAUCGAGGAUUCUGUGCCAACGAUAGCGACAAUCGAGGCUGUAUUUCACAUCCGCAAGAGAUCCAGUCCGUUCCUCGUACAGCACUAUAUGCUCCUCGUGUAACCCGUCACAAGUACCUGGUCAGGGCAUCCGGCGCAUCGAAACUCGGGCAUAUGUGCAUAUCUGCCCUCUUGAGAUCGGACCUCCCAUAGCCCUCAAUGGCUGAAAUUAGACCCACGGAAGGGUGAAAAAGAAAAGAAACAAUAAAGCAACAAAGCAGCAAAAAAAGUAUGAAGAAAGAAAGCCAGGGAGAUGAAAACCCCACGAUCGAACCGAACGGGGACGCCGACGAUAUCGUUGAAGAUAGGCCAGGUUCUCGUCUGGUUUCCCCCCUGUCCUCGCUCUUUAGUCACAAAGUCAAGGCGCCCUUCCACCACGCUAUUAAACAUAGUAU